AUGGAAACGUGGCUAGAACAAUCCGGAGCCGUAGGCCUAGACGGCCUAGAGGUUGCCGACUUCCCCGUUACCGGGCGGGGCGUAAAAGCGCGGCGGCGCUUCAAGCAAGGCGAGCGGAUUCUCACCAUCCCAAGCGCCCUUCACUGGACCGUUCAACACGCGCAGGCCGAUUCGCUUCUCGGGCCAGCUCUUCGUUCUGCGCGGCCACCCUUGACAGUCGAAGACACCUUGGCUGUAUAUGUCCUCUUUGUCCGGUCGCGCGAGUCGGGCUAUAACGGCCCGCGAAGCCAUGUGGCCGCGUUACCUACGAGCUACUCCUCAAGCAUCUUCUUUACAGAGGAUGAGCUGGAAGUCUGCGCCGGCACAUCACUAUACACCAUCACGAAGCAGCUAAAGCAACGGAUAGAAGAUGACUACAAGGACUUGAUCGCGCGAGUGCUCGGGCCGCGUCCCGAUCUCUUCCCGCUCAACAAAUUCACCAUUCACCAUUACAAGUGGGCUCUCUGCACCGUGUGGAGUCGUGCCAUGGAUUUCGAGCUGUAUGACGGGAGUUCGAUGCGUCUGUUGGCGCCCUUUGCGGAUAUGUUGAACCACUCGUCCGAGUCUAAGCAGUGCCACGUGUACGAUGCGUCGACUGGAAACCUGUCUAUCCUUGCGGGUAAGGACUACGAAGCCGGGGACCAGGUUUAUAUCCAUUAUGGUUCUAUUCCCAAUAGUCGUCUUUUACGGCUGUAUGGUUUUGUUAUACCCGACAAUCCAAACGACAGCUAUGAUCUCGUUCUUGCAACGCAUCCCAUGGCGCCGUUUUUCGAGCAAAAGCAAAAGCUCUGGGCAUUAGCUGGGCUUGAUGCGACAUGCACCAUCUCCCUUACUCUUGCGAAUCCGCUGCCGAAAAGUGUCCUUUGUUAUUUACGGAUUCAGCGACUAGACGAAUCGGAUCUUGCUGUAAUAAAUCUUCAACAAAGUAAUACUGAUACUGCAUUUGAGAAAAUUAGCAAUUCCAACGAAGUGCAGGUCCUGCAGUUCCUGGUAGAGUCCAUCACUAGUCUCCUGGACAGUUUCGGAACUCAACUAGAGAAACUCGAAGAACAACUCGCCAAGGGCAUCUACCCCUCAGGAGGAAACGCAUGGGCAGCGGCACACGUUAGCUUGGGCGAACAGCGCGUACUAAGGUUGGCGAAAAAGAGAGCCAAAAACCUGUUGGCGGCGGUUGAAAGCGGAAGCAGCCCCGAAACCCCGUUGCCGGCACCGGCGCAAUGUGCGAAUUGCGGAAAAGGCCCUGGGCAGUUGAUGCUGUGCGGGAGGUGCGAAGCCGUCAUGUACUGCGGGCGAGCGUGUCAAGUGGCGCAUUUCAAAGACCACAAGGCGACGUGUCGAGCUAUAGUUUCCAAGAAGAGUUAA